GUUUUACAGUACUUCCGGGUUAGAGAGCUGAGUGUGGACAAAUCCAAAACAUUUAAUGGCCUCCUUUGGCUGGAAACGUAAGGUGGGGGAAAAAGUUUCCAAGACGACAGUGCAGCAGUUUGAGAAGGACUCAGAGCAGGCGGAUGAUGAGGAUGUGGAGAAGGAGGGAGUUGAUUGGCUGCAUGUCAUCAAACGGCGGCGAGAGGUGCUGCUGGAGGAUUGUGCUGCUAAGAGCAAGAGGCUAAAGGAUGAAGGAAUGCUGCUCGCUGAGCAGGGCAGGAACUGGGAGGCAUUGAAGAGGUGGGAUGAGGCGAUUCAGCUCACUCCAGACGAUGCUGUGCUGUAUGAGAUGAAGUCACAGGUCUUGAUCACCCUUCAAGAAGUGUUCCUGGCUGUGCAGUCUGCAGAGAUGGCCACCAGACUCCGCCCCCUCUGGUGGGAGGCGUGGCAAACUCUGGGCCGCGCCCAACUAAGUCUUGGCGAAGUAGAACUAGCUGUACGGUCCUUCCAAGUGGCGUUGCACCUGCAUCCGUCUGAGCGCCCCCUCUGGGAAGAAGACCUAGGCUGGGCCCUACAGCUCCGGGAGCAGCAGAAAGCUCUCUGUGAAAGAGAGAAACAGGAAGAUGAAGCCCAAAGGCUCCUAGUGGAAGCUCCUGAGCUGAAGAGUGAUUAUGAUUUUGAAAGUGAUGAAGUGAUUGAGGCUUGCACAGCCAUGGCUGAUAGACAGAAAAAAUAUGAGGACCUAAAGAAAACAGCGGUUGUUGUGGAUGCACGCGGGGUCACCAAAGAGGUGAUUGUCGAAGAUGACAGCGAACCCACUUCCUCCUCACAGAGUGUUUUAGUCAAGGCACGAGGACUCUGAGUGAAAUAGAGGCUGGUUUUGUGUCUCCUCAUGUGUAUAUUGUUUAGAUUAUGUAUGUAUUGUUAUGUUUAUUUGAUAAUCCAGGGUUCUGAUUGACUUCCUCAUAGUGUUUAACAAAGUUACUAUUCCCAGUGAAUUUGUAAAGCGAGUACCAGAUUCCAAGAAGAAUUUGAAAUAGUUCUGGAUCAUUUUCACUCAAACAAGAGCAUAAAUUCCUUCCUUUUACUGAAGCAUUCUGUGGUUAUUUCAUAGUUUUAGCGCAGCUAAGCAUCGCCUUUUAAGUUUCCAAAAUAGCAGAGCAAUCCCCUUUUAAAGGGGUCAUGAACUGCCUUUUUUAAUUAUUUUGUACUGUUCCCUUUUAAUGUUAUAAAGAUUUUUACAUCAAAAAUCAUCAUAAUUUAGAAGUAACUGGCUUUUAUUGCAGUAAUUUUCUGUCCUGUUUUUCACCCCCACAUCAGAACGCUCCGUUUUGAAUAGGUGUGACAGAUUUUAGACUCUGAAGUAAACACCCACUGCUGUGAUUGGCUAACAGUUGCCUAUGUUUGACAGCCUACAUCCCUCAUAGAUGAACAGUGCUGUCAUUUAGGUUAAAACGCAUAAAUAUUCAGUACAUAUCUAACGAUCUGUAAUAACAGACAAAGCAAUAGUGGCCACGUAAUAAAAACAGUUACUCAAAUUUGUGUGGUGCGACAUUACUGUUGGAUCGGAUCCAGUAUAGUCAGCACAGCAUCGUUUUUUAGUUUCAAUCUUUCUGAAAAUCCUGUGUCGAAUUGUGCCUUGUUUGUAAAUCUGCGGUAAAAUGAAGUGAACUACUGACACAGUCUGGAACUUCUUUAAAAAUAAAGUUCAUCCACUGUUUCCUAAUGUUGGAAUCGGAAGGAAGGCAGUGCAAAGACUGUGUUUUUCCACAGCUUGGCACUGCAUUUGGUUAUCUUCUGAGCCAUCUUUAUUGUUUGCGUAGACCUGCGUUUGUCUCUUUCAUUAUUUACACUACGUGCACAAAUCUGUGGGUGGGGCUAAACAGGCAUUGAUGUAGAAGCGGGCGUUGAUCUUUUUCUGUGAAAGUGGUGUGACCACACUAUUACCUCAUAAAGUGGUACAUUCCACAAGCUGUCGUUUUGACAGACUGGCUUCCAUAUAAGCUGUUUUUAUAUUAAUGAGAAUGUUUUGAGUUCUGAAACUUACAGGAUGUUUUUAUAAUACAGUGACCUCUUAUUUGUCAAAAGAUCAAUGGAAUUUUGAUUCAUGACCCCUUUAAUGUACCGUCUUGAUUAGCAAUGUCAUCAUUCCUAGUUGGCUUUGUUUCAGUCCUGUUUUAUGUGAGAUGUGAGCCCUCACUUGGGACCCGAGUGCUGUUAAAGCAGUGUGAAUCUCUGAUGUACCAGUGGGAAGAGCAAAAUACACACAAACACACACAUUUGCUCCAUUAUCUAUCUAUAGACUUUUGGAGUUUAGUUAGUGCUUCUAAGAAAUGAAGAAGGAGUAAUGGAGUCACGGGUUAAACUCUGGCUAAAGAUCAUGCAGAAGAGGAGAGAGGUCAUGCAGGGAGGAAUAUUAACCAUUGACUGUUGACUAAAAACAGACUUUUAGUUUGCAUGCUUUAUUAUAGGAUUAUAUAAGGAUUUAAUGCGUUCUAUGUGCAGGUAGAAUAAUGUGCUACAGGUUGCUGCAUGUUUUUUUUUUUUUUUUACAUAAGAAUACCUAACAUUAACAUCUUCCCCUGGUUCAAAAUGAAAUAUGCUUUACUCUGUUCUAAGUACCCCACAAUUUCAGUUUGAUUGUGACAUGCCUGACAUGUGUCUUGGCUGUUACUGCCACUGACCCCAUUAUUCAUAGGCAUUCAUACACUAUCUGCACUGAUACUGUCCAGCUGCGUGCGUGGGCUGCAAACUGGGACAUUUACGUCUCUAAUGCUUUUUAUUUGGCACCUGUGGGACCUGGCGGAAGCUUCCAGCAUCCUUCUGCCUCCCGCUAAUCCUUUGCUAAUUGUUGCUUUAUUCAAAUAAAUGAGGACACUAACGUCUUGGCUAAUGAUGUUUUAGGGAGAUGCCUGAAACUGAUGGACUGUGGACUGUGUUGCUGUAUGACUGCAAUGAAAGAUCACUUUUGUCAGUUCUCAUUUAUGUAUACGCAUGGAACCGGGACAGGUGGCAGUUUGUACGUCACAGCAAGUGCACAAAUGCAUGAUUCAUGCUGAGAAUACUUGCAGUGGUGAGUAGAACUGAUUUCCCUCCAGGAGCUAAUGAAAUUAUGGGAUGUCUACAGUCGGUGAAGGUCUCCAGAUCUGCCCCUGCACAUUGGUCAUCGUGUAAGGAUCAUAUAAUGAUUCCCCAGUGAAUCACUUGGACUUAUUUAGUUUGAAUCACGAAAGCAAACGGAAUGUCAGAGUUUAUAUAUUUAAGGAUGUGGAUACAACAUGAUGAAUGAGAUGAUAUGAUCCAAGAAUUUAAGCGGUCUAACAUGACCUAACCUGACCAGUCAUUUAUUCUUCUAAAAAUAUAAUGAGCUCUGACCUUUUAAAAAAAUGGACACAAGGAUUGCUGACACAUUGGAAACAUUACACUUGAAACUAUAUUUUGGGUCAUUAUGGGUCAUCUGUCUUUUUCCACAUACAGAUCCAAUCGAUGCUGUGAGUAGGAUGAGUGUGCACGUCUUAUGAAUACCGGUCUUGUUUUUUUUUAUUUUGGACCCAUCGGUAAAUUGUUUAUCAUUUUUGAACCGAUCCAUUGUGUUCAUUGAUGUUCUCUGGACAUAAGACUUUUUGCAUCUCUGAAAUCAAAUUUAUUUGCUUGAAUGCCAAAUUCCGACAUAAAUUAAAUUUAGUUAAAACUGACAUCUUUAGUUGUCUUUCUCAAACAAUUUCUCAAAUGUUUUUGAUUAGACAUUUGCCUUUAAUUUUGAUAGCAAGUGGAUAAUUUUAUUUUAAACUUUAUUCAGUGAUACCUAAGGCUAAAUGACAACAUCCAAUUUUGUAACAAUCUGAUAUAUUAAAU